GAUUGGUGGGGCGCUCCCAUCCAAUGGAGAGACGGCUUGUUCUGGGAGGAGGGCGAGCGAGAAGGCUGGGCUGUGGGGGACAGAAGGGAGGAAAAAAAGAGGUUUCAGAGUUCUAAAAGGAUCCUCUUCUACAGGACUUGAUGCACGCUGAGCCAGUUCUCAUAGGAUGUGUUUCUAAGGCCACAAGCCUUUCAGGGGCUGAGUGCUCUCCUUAGGCCCAAAAGUAGAUUAGAAGCUGCCUUGCAUCAUGGCGGAGUCGGGUGAAGAAACGCUCUUAUAUAUAGAGCACCGCUAUGUUUGCUCAGAGUGCAGCCAGCAGUUCAGCACCUUGGAAGAAGCCCUGGUGCACCAGCAGACUCACCUCUGCACUCAAGAGCAACAGUAUGAAGUAGUCAACUUGGCAGAAGCUGGGCUAGUGGCGGGUGGUGAGGCUGGUCUCUACCAAACUGUGACUGUACAAGAAAGCCAGUACCAGUGUUUGGAGUGUGGACAGAUUCUAUUGUCUCCAAGUCAGUUGCUGGAACAUCAAGAGAUGCACCUUAAGAUGAUGACCCAGGACCCAGAGCCCUUAGUGAAGCCUCUGAGCUCCAGUCAGAUCCAUUAUGAGUGCACAGAGUGCAAGGCCCUUUUCACCAGCCAGGAUGUGUGGCUAGCCCACCGUCAAACCCACCGCAAGCCCCCAGAGCCUCCAGCUCCUCCCCCUCAGAGUCAGGCCCGAGUGAACCUGGAACAUUCAUAUCGUAAGCCGGAGGACGGGGGAGUCCCUGCUGGAACUGUGCAACUGCUGCUAUAUGAAUGUGGUGAAUGUUUGCAGCUGUUUCAAUCGACCACAGAUUUCUUGGAGCACCAGGCAACGCAUCAGGUGAUCCCACCAUCCCCAGGGACACGGGUCAGGGAGCCACCUGCACCCAGCCUUGCAGAGCCAAAGGAAAUGCCGCCACCGCCACCAUCACUGCUGCCACCACCGCUGCCGCCGCCGCCUGUAAGCUUAGUGACUGUGCACAAUGGGAUUGUACCUUCACCAGCCCCAACUAGUGUCACGGCCACGGAUCAUAGCUAUGAGCUCAAGAACAACCCUGCAGAGCAGCCACCCCGCAAGGCCAAACCAGCUGCCAAGGAGCACUUGUGUGUGGAAUGCGACCAAGUGUUUCCUUCAGCCCACAAGCUCCAGCUACACAUGAGGAGCCAUCGGCAGGGUGCCUUCAAGUGCCCGCUUUGCAGCAAAGUGCUGCCUUCUCCAGCCGCGCUCGAGAAGCACAGGGAGGAGCACAGCGGGGAGUCACGCUUCCUCUGCGUGGACUGCGGCCUGGGUUUUGGCACAGAGGCAGUGCUCCUGUCCCACCGCCGCACUCACUCCUCCAACCCUCUCUACCGCUGCACGUGCGGGAAGACCUUCAUCAACAUGACCAAGUUCCUCUACCAUCGGCGCUCCCACAGUGCUAACUCAACCCAGAGCCAGGAAAUGCCUGCAUCUCCUCCCGAGGACCAGCCUCUUGAAGAGGAGUCUCUGCCUGAAGCCCCAGAACAACCGGAGCAGCAACAGCAGCAGCAGCAGCAGGAGGAGGAGGUGGUUCCGGUGGCCAUCAUCUGCUCUGUGGACAACGUAGCCGUCUCUGUUGACAGCAACGUCCAGGAACAAAAACAGUUGGAAUUCCAGUGUCAGAUGUGUAGCAAGACUUUUCCCAAGCAGACCCAGCUGUCGCGCCACCAGCGCUUUGCCCACAAGAUGGAACGCCGCCAUAAAUGCCUAACUUGCGGCAAGAUGUUCAAGAAGAAGUCCCACAUGCGCAACCACCUCCUGACCCACACCGGAGAAAGGCCUUACCACUGCAAGGAGUGCGGCAAGAGCUUCAACUCGCCUGCAAACCUGCAGCGCCACCGCUUGACGCACACGGGCGAGCGUCCUUACCGUUGCGACAUCUGCCAGAAGUGUUUCACGCAGUCGUCCACCCUGCAGCAGCACCUCCUGGUGCACAGCCGCCACUACCCUUACAAAUGCCAGGAGUGCGGCAGCGUCUUCCACCGCCCCUACCGCCUGCUCAUGCACCGCUACCACCACACAGGGGAGUAUCCUUACAAGUGCCAGACAUGUGGCCGCUCCUUCCUGCUCCGCCGCCUGUUGGAGGUUCACCAGUUAAGCCACACUGGGCAGCAGCCGCACCGCUGCACCUCCGGCUGCGGGGCUGCCUUCGUCUCUGCCGAGCAGCUGAAGGAGCACAAGUGUGGGAAGAUGAGCCGCCAUUUCGAGUGUUCGGUCUGUGGCAAGAAAGUCGGCUCCACCGUGCAGCUCAGAGCCCACGAGCGGCUGCAUGGGGACAUCCAGAUUCCUGAAGGAGCGGAAGAAGAGCCCCCUGUGCACGAGCCGCCCCCGCCUCGGCCCCGCCGCCCUGCCUGCCCGAAGGCCUUCGAAUGCGGCGACUGCAAGAAACUCUUCAGCACCGAGACGUCGCUGCAAGUCCAUCGCCGGAUCCACACGGGGGAACGCCCUUACCCCUGCCCCGAUUGUGGCAAGGCCUUCCGGCAGUCCACGCAUCUCAAAGACCACCGGCGCCUGCACACCGGGGAGAAACCCUUCAAAUGCGAUGAGUGUGGGAAGGCGUUUACCAUCGCCGUGCGGCUGGCUGAGCACAAGCGGAUCCACACAGGGGAGCGCCCGUACCAUUGCGAUGCCUGCGGCAAGGCGUACCGCUCCUUCUCCAACCUCUGGAAGCACCGCAAGAUGCAUCAGCAGCAGCGCCUGCAGCACGAGCAAGAGGUCAUGGCUGAGGCCGUUGCAGCAGCCGCUGCUGCUGCCGCCGCCGCGGCAGGGACGACUACAGUGGCGGCAGCAGCUACACCGACAUCUAGCGAGCAGGUCUACGGUAACACCGUGACCAUCAUGGAGACCAUCCCAGUGGUGGAGACCAUAGAAAUCUAUCCAACCGAUGCGGGGGUUCACUUUGAGAACAUCCAAGUAGGGAACGUCCAGAUUGGGGGAGUUUGAGUGUUGCUGGGGGGAGUAAGGAGGGGCAGCUGGCCACACUACGUGGACUGAGAGCUGCUGCUCUCUGGCUCCCCCUUAAGGGGCUUUAGCGUAGCUGCAACAACUCCUCUCCCCUACAUUUACUCCUGUUGUCUCCUCUGCCUGCAUCUUGGCUCUUCCUGGCUGUUUGCAUACCAGGAACGUGGUUUUAUCUUGUUUUCUUCCCCAGUUCUGCAGAUGAGCUGGGUGCCCAUUUCCCCUGCCUCCUACAUACGUGAAACUCACCAGAGCAGCAGUGCCGUUGGCUUGGUCACUCUACAACCAUGAUGGGCUCCCAUUUUCCAUCGCCCCCCCCCCCAGUCUUAGCCAUUUCCCCCCAUUCGGUUGUAUGGAAUAUGGCUUCCCCCCCCCCAAACCCAAUCCCAGGAAUACCCAAUAGCAGUUUUCUCCAUAGCUGAGCCCUUCUAAUUCUAAACAUUUUAUUGCUUCCUCUCCCUGUUGCGGGGAGGGGGAUUCAGUCUGGACUGUAAAUACCUAUUGACUCUCCUCUCUUCACUGUGGGAUUCAUUCCUCAUUUCCUGUUGGUCCCCAUCAUCCACAUAUUUCCCUGUGAUCCAUCAUAGCUUUUUCUGUUUGGUUUCUCGCUAACUGGAUUCAUCCCCACUGCUACGGGAGCAUUUUGUUUUUUCGUAUUAAAAUUAAAACAGAAAUCAAAGCA